UUCCGCUGUCAGCCAAACACACGGCUGUGCUGAAGUAGUCACUGCCACAUAGGCUACAGGCCGUUGGAGACACAGCAUAUUGAACUUGUAAUGACAUUAUUUAUUAGCCACCAUCGAGAACCUGCCUGAGUAAUAACGAAUUUGACCCGCAGUCGUUAAGGCUGUGCAGGGUGAAGUCGGGGGAGACGGACAGGAAGAAAAAAAACAAAGAUGGCUGUGUAACCAGAGAGACGAGUCCCAGCAGAACUGUCUCUACCCUCGGCUUUAAUCAUCGACAGGUCCAGUGGGUCCUCUGCGGACAGUCAGUCGGUAUCGGAGCAGGGAGGGUAGAUGAGGAGCCGAGCUGGGCCACCGGUGUACAUCGUUGUAAUCUGCUGUCAGGGCGAAUAACGGCGUCGAGAGCAACAACAGCUGAGAGCCGAGCUGAGUUGUUUUUGUUCUGCAGAGGGAGAGGACUGCUGUGUUUUUGUCAACGUAGCUAGCCGCAUAGUCUGCUAGUCUCACUGUAAGUCAACACAACUAGUCUAAUUAAGUUGUUAUUAUGCACAUGAUCUCGUUAUAACACAUUGGCUUGUUACAUUUUAAGUGGCGGGUGGCAUUGAUAAUAAUAAUAAGUUAGUCUGCAUUCCUCUCUGACAGCCUGCUGCCGGAGCGUUAGCCUAGCCGACGUUAGCUAGCUGUCAGCUGACCGUUAGCCUGACAGGUUGUACGCUAGCACUGAGCUAACCUGCUAAUAUUUCAGGCUCAGCGGCAGGUACACCUCAGAAAUAUCUAGACAGCCGUCGUCAUGUCUUCACUGGAAGAGAGAGACGGUGUGGCCGCCCCUGGCUCCUCCUCGGCCGGCAUGGGGGUCGGGGCCGUGGGGGCAGCGGUUGAGGCUGUCGCCGGGGUCGCAGCCAUGCAGGAGGAGGUCGGGAUCCGGAGAGAAGGGCCCGAGCCUGACCCAGACGAGCCACCCAAGAAGAGGGUGAGAGUGCCCGAUGGAGAGUCAGGAAAGCUGGAGGAGAGGCUGUACUCAGUGCUGUGCUGCACCGUGUGCAUAGACUUGCCCAAGGCGUCUGUAUAUCAGUGUUCCAAUGGACACCUGAUGUGUGCAGGCUGUUUCAUCCACCUUCUGGCCGAUUCUCGUCUCAAGGAGGAACAGGCCACGUGUCCCAACUGCAGGUGUGAGAUCAGCAAGAACCUGUGCUGCAGGAACCUGGCCGUGGAGAAGGCUGUCAGCGAGCUGCCGACAGAGUGCGCCUACUGCACAAAACAGUUCCCCCGCUCCAGCCUAGAGAGACACCAGAAAGAGGAUUGCCAAGACAGGGUGACGCAGUGUAAAUACAAGAGGAUCGGCUGCCCCUGGAAGGGUCCGUUCCAAGAGCUGCCGGCCCACGAGAGCGAGUGCUCCCACCCCACCAAGACUGGGACGGAGCUGAUGGGCAUUCUGGGAGAUAUGGACCAGAGCCACCGCAGAGACAUGCAGCUCUACAACAGCAUCUUCGGCCUGCUCUGCUACGAGAAGAUCGGCUUUACAGAGGUGCAGUUCAGGCCGUACCGCACGGACGACUUCAUCACCCGCCUGUACUACGAGACGCCGCGCUUCACCGUGCUCAACCAGACGUGGGUGCUGAAAGCCCGUGUUAACGACUCCGAGCGCAACCCCAACCUGUCGUGCAAACGCACCCUCUCCUUCCAGCUGAUCCUCAAAAGCAAGGUGAACUCUGCCCUGGAGUGCUCCUUCCUGCUGCUGAAGGGUCCGUACGACGACGUGCGGAUCAAGCCGGUCAUCCACCACCACUCCUUCUGCAACGACGCCAACGAGACCGAGUACGUCCCGCUGCCCAUCUCCGACUCGGUGGAGUGCAACAAACUGCUGGCCGCCAAAAACAUCAACCUGCGCCUGUUCAUCUUCCAAGUCCAAAAAUAAAGAGUGAAGGAGGAAGAGGAGGGGGAAGAGGAGGGGGAUGAAGAUGACAAGGACGAAAGAGAAGAAGAAGAAGAAGGGUGAAGGAGGGCGAGGGGCUGAUGAAGAUUAAAGAGGGACACCACUGAACCACUGAUACCUCUUAACACUUACACACACUCUCACACACUCACGCAGGGUACACACACACACACACACACACACACACACACACACACACACACACCACUAAUUACACUUACCUCCUUUUACAAGAUAGUGAGACCCCUUGCGCGAGGGGCAGCUGUGAGUCGCUGUGGAGACGGGUGGGCAUUGUUAUGGGAUGGAGGGGUGAAACCUCCGAAAGGCCCAGGCGGGGGUGAUGGGGUGAGGGAGGCGGCUCUGGUGUGUACCUGUGGGGGUCUCUGAGGUCAGGUGAUGUUUGACCUUUCACCCCUGACACCUGCAGCCAAAGGUAGCACACACACCAAACAAAGUGUGGUGUAUUUGUUGCGUGUGUGUGUGUGUGUGUGGAAGUGUGUGUGUGUGAGGGAGAGAAAGGGGAGAAAGAGAGUAAAGUGACGGACCCUUGAGUGUGGCCCCAAACUCUCUGAUUGAUGUUGAAAUGUCCCAAAGACGUGAUAAUGUGAAAAUAGAGCGACUGACUCUACGGAGCAGUUCUUUGGACAUGUGAAUGAAUGAGUGUGUGUGUGUGUGUGUGUGUGUGUGUGUGUGUGUUUUCCCUUCCCUCCUACACUUAAUGCCUGAGUCUUUUCAACGAUGUCUUUCUGUUUUGAAAAAAGGGUGUCCAUUUUGCGUCGCAAGCUUUGCCAGAACAGGAGAAAGACUGUGUUCCCCCCGAUGAGCCCCUUUCCCCUUCAAACACAGGAGAGACGGCUGCGUUCAUGUUUUAGUUCUUCGACUUCUUUCUCCAUCUGUGGUUAUAUAUAUAUAACCUCCAACACUAAUAUCCCUUUUUAUUUCUCUGCAUAUUUAAAUACCUGUGAACUUUUUAUUUUUUAUUUUGGGUUUUAGCGUGUGACUGACUGCCUUUGUGUGCGUGCGUGCGUGCGUGCGUGCGUGCGUGUGUGUGUAAACGGAUCACAACUGUUGUUCUUGUGAAAUUGUCCCGAUAUGAAAUCAAUCCCUGAGGACAGGACUGAGUUACAAACAGACUUCAGGUCCGAUGUGUGUCAGCUGCUUUUUGGUAAUAUGAUUAACAGCAAAUGUAUUUGGAUCCUGUGUAACUACUUUAUUUUGAUCUUUAUAAUUUUAUUUUAUAUCAUACUUUUAUUUAACAGUUUAUUUAGUUCCAAUAUGAUCUUGAUUUAAAGGCGGUAGUUAGAUACAUAUUUAUAGAUUAACCAGGGUGAUAUAUUAGCCAUUUCUAUUGCAGUUAUAUUGGUAUUAGCGUAUAUGUUGGACAAUUUGAAAAAUGAAAUUCAAAAGCUAGUUUGAGGUAAUCUAGAAACAAUCAUCUAUCUAUAGUUUUAACACCAGAAAGUACAUUUAUUUAUUUUAUAAAGGGCCGUAAGAAAAUUAAAUGGUUAUGUUAUGUUUUAAUCAAGAAAAAAAUGCUGUUUCCUACAUCAGUAAAAUCUCCACCAAUUUUUCCAAUCACUUUGUCAUUUCCUGUCAGUAGCGGAGAAAGACUGAUUUUAUUUGAGUGUAUGAGCGUUGAUCAUCUUCAAGGUGUCAGUAGAAAAACAACACCAUCUUCAGUCAAAUGUGUGAUUAUCAUGUUUUAGCAGUUUUCCUCCAUCAAAAUACUACAAAGUAACUGAUACACAGAGAACCAGAGCCAGGUUGUUUUCCAGAAUGAGACCGGUUGGACUUUUAGUGUCUUUGAGCAAAUAUAAAAGGAAGAUGCCCUCGAUAGUGUGAGAUCGAUGUGUGCACUGCGUGUGACGGAUGAACUCUGCGGAGUCAGAAACCAGACUGGGAGCUUCUUCAUCUGCUCCGAGCUUCACGGGGAGAUUUCUCUGGAAGAUCAGACUCUGAGUGGUGAUGGAUGAUGUGUGUGUGUGAGUGUGUGUGUGGGGACGGGGGCGACAGGGGGAGUUUUACCUUACCACAGUGACAUAUUAGUGUUAGACUUACUUGAACGAGAACGAGAAGAUGUUUCUUAAGUAGACUGUAAAGCGGAUAGAUCUCUCUCCUCUCUACUUCCUGUAUUUCUGUGUUUUAAUGCUUCGUCUCUAUGCCAGUGGACUCACUCAUCUCACUAUGGCUGUACAUGUGCCUUUUAUUAAAGAUCAUGGAACCUGCA